CCUGUCUGUGAUCUCGAAGUGUCAAUGUCGCAACUCGCAAUUGUCAAUUGUCAUAUGCUAUUUGUGAUUUGUAGAAAAGAAAGCAAAACUAAAUUCUUUGAUAUUUUAUAAACAUUGUUGUAGUAAUCCUAAAUAAUUUUUAAUUAUGAUAUGAAAUAUAAUUAAUAACAUGGAAGAAGAAAAACUCAUCCGAAAGAAGAAAAAAACUUUGAAUGGAAGCAACAGGCGAGCAUUCGCAGAAGCUUGUAAUGAUCUUGCUACAUUUUAUUACAAAAACGCAAGAUAUGGAGAUGCUCUCGAGGAAUAUAAGAAUGAAGCGUCGGUAUGUAAGGAGUUGGGGCUGCGCAUGGAAUGGGGUACUUGCAAUAGGAUGAUUGGCGAGAUGUACAUGUUAUUAGCGGAAUUUAAUAAGGCCCUAAAAUAUGAAGAACGACACUUGGCUGUAGCAAAGGAACUCAAUAACUUGGUAGAAGAACAAAGAGCAAUGGCCACUUUAGGGAGGAUAUAUCUCCUACAAGGUCAAAGUUCAACAGAUAAUGAUGAAUCUACAACCUCAUUAGUUGCUGCUGAGAAGGCUUUUAUGAAGGGCCUUGUUCUGUGUGAAAAGCUCAAUGGAAAAAUAAAUAAAACAGAACUAAUGGAUAUGAGAGCCCGUCUCCUACUCAACAUUGGUGUUGUCCAAGAGCACCUUGGUCAUUUGGACAAGGCCAUAGAUUGCAUCAACAAAGCCAUAACAAUAUGUUCCAAUCAAGAUUUAUAUGAAGUACUGCAUAAUUGCUAUACGACUCAAGCUCUAAUGUAUUGUAACAAGAUGAAAGAUUAUGCAAGGGCAUUGAGUUGUCUGAAUAAAGCUUUGGAGGUUGGAAGUAGACUUGACGAUAAGGUGCUAAAAACAUGUGAAACAUUAUCAUCAAAAGCUGAUAUUUUGUGCAAGAUGUCUGAUUAUCAGAGCGCUAAACAAGUAUUGUACAAAGCAUGGAAGUUGAAGACACCAGAUGAAGAAGAGAGAGAAAAUAUAGAAACUAAUUUAAGAGUUGUUGCAGCAAUGUGUUACACGGAAGAUUUAAUAAUAUCAACCGACCCAUCAGACCAUGGCACUUUUAAGAAGCUAUAUGAGAAGCUUGGUGAUGGAGCUUGCCAUUUAAAGAACUAUGCUGGCGCUGUAGAAUAUUACCUGAAAAUGUUAGACCAUGCAGAACUAGGUGGUGAUUGUGGGAAGACAUUAAUUCCAAUUUACGUGAGUUUGUAUCAAACUUACAAAGACAUGGCUUGUUACAAUGAAGCAUUACAGUACUACUAUAAGGAAUAUGAGCUAAUAAAGGACAUUCCCAAGGAAGCAUUCACCACACUCUACAAUAUUGCUGAAGUGUCAUACCUUGCUAAGAAACCCUAUGACCAAGUGGAGAAAGCAUGCCUUAAUGCGAGGGACGCCGCCAGAGAAUGGAACAAAAAGAAAUACGAAAUACGGAUUCUCAAAAAUCUGCUGAAAUACCAAGAAGAGUAUGGAGAGAUCGACAAGACAGAGGACACGAGGAGUGAAUUGAGAGCUCUCGGCUGUGAUAGUUUGGACAGUGUGGAUGUUUCCGAGGAUGAAAUGAGUUCAGCGGGAGGUGAUGAAGAUACUACGCAUAUUGGUGAUGAUAUAUGCUUGGAGGAUUUGACUGAUUUAUCCGACACAAAUGAAGAAGAUGUAACGGAAACAAAACGGGAGACACGUAGGAGAGGGAAGGGAUACACAAUCAAGAAGAAUAUGAAGGGAGAAACUCAAUUACAUGUGGCGUGUAUAUCGGGGAAUAAAUUGUUAGUAGAGCGUCUACUGGCCAAGGGUCACCCGGUGAAUGUGCGAGACAACGCGGGCUGGUUGCCCCUACACGAGGCGUGUAUACACGGACACACGGAUGUGGUUGAUAUAUUGAUUGGUAAUGGCGCCAAUGUGAACGAUCGAGGUGGUUCUAAUUGUGAUGGAAUAACUCCAUUAUAUGACGCAGCGAGCAACGGACAUUUAGAAGUGGUACAGUUGCUACUUGAAAAAGGUGCAAUUCCAACAUUAAAAACAGACUUUGGCGAAACACCAUUGCAAGUUUUACAAAAAUGGCGAUCUGGAACUAUACUAACUAAAGAUGAAGAGGUGUUAUAUAGGAAUAUUUGUAAUAAAGUCAAUAAUAUCGCAGACAAAAUAAACGAUAUUUUGAAUAGAUCUAAAUCAAAAACACCAGUGAAACCAAUUCAAAAAAAAUCACCUCCGAGUACUUCUAAAAUGUCGAGUAGAAUAAAAGAGUUGACGUCUCCCGUGUUUAAAAGACGAAAUGUAAUUGACGAUGACAGUGAUGACGAAUUAAAUUUAACUAAAAAAAUUCAAACCGCAUUUCCCUCUGACGAUUCGAAUUCUUCUGAAGACGACGCGAAAGCUAAAGAGAAUAUUGCAAGCGUUAAUGAGUACAGAAAUGCCAUAUCUGCUCUUAGAAAUAGAAGUGCUAGCGAUCUACCCGCUGUUGAUGUAAAGAAAAAGAAAUCAGCGUUAUUGGAUCCAACCGAAGUGGAUGACGACUGGCUUGAUGAUGAUAUGGGAAUUUUGAAUAAGAACAAAAAAAGAAGACUUACAGAUCCACUAACUACCAUAGCCAAGAAAACUGCGAUAGACAAUCUGAAGAAUAGCAUAGACAAUUUGAAUAGAAUAGAACCGCUAUCCGAUAAUACAGUUAACAAGAACAAAUCUAAAAAAUCUGCAAUUGAGAUAAUGGAGGUGAGCGAAAACAGUUCGGAUUCCGACCAGUUUCGACGCGACGAGAACAUGAAUCCAAAAAAUAUAGAAUCCAUGCGGAGUAUUAUGAAAGAAUUCAAUAAUAAACCUAAAGAUACGAGAGAUAGUAUGAAACGGAGGUGGAAAAGGCAGAGCACGCUGUUAAAAGCUGGCUUUCAAAGAAAGAAAGAUUACGAUCAGUCGAGCAACAGUGGGAGUGAUACAGAAUUUUGUGAUAGACGAGAUCUUCGAAGAUCGUCUACACCUGUGGUGUUCAGUCGGAAGUCGUCUAAUGAAAACUUCUACAAUAACGCAUCCAAUGACGGUUUUAACUUCAUGCAGAACAUGAAUCCUGGUGUUAUGCAACCGAUGAAUGUGGUGCAACCGAUAAAUAUAGUUCACCCAACUAAAAAUGGUAGGAUGCAAACUCAGAUAGUGGCGCCGGCUGCAGUGAAAGUUAAAGUAGAAGAUAAGGUGUUGUUGAUAUCGUUGAAGUUGGAGACCAUCAAUAAGUUGACAAUCAGCUGGCUGGUUGAAGAAGUUAAGUCGCGGUAUUACAAGUUAACAGGUGUAAAACCAGUGUUUAGUCUGAUGACAUCAGAUGGAGCUAUACUCUCGGAGGACGAUCCCCUAAGUUUAGUGCUGGCUUCGCCUGAACUAAACACCUGUAUAAGCAACUGGAAAGCAUCGCCCGCUGAAGAGAGAUACCUCGAGUGCUGUGAUGCUUUGGGGAUAUCACCAUCCGAAGAAAUACAACAAUCAGUUGGUCGCAGUCAUACAACACGGCGUCUAGCUCUCGGCUCGCAAACACUACCGCCAUCACAAAUACGACCUUUAUUCAGAGCCCUCACCCAUCAAACACAUAUAACGGCCAUAAUGAUAUCAAAUAACAACAUAGGAAAUGAUGGCUUCAAAUAUUUAACCGACAGCCUCUGUACUAUGAAGCAUUUAACGCUGUUAGAUGUCAGUAGAAACAAUAUAACAGGCGAUGGUAUUAAAAUAUUAUUAAAUGCCUUCGAGAAAGCCAAUAAACCGGCCUGUCAAUCACUAGAAGACAUUGAUUUAGGCCAUAAUCCCAUAAACAAUGAUGGAUUCAAAUACUUGGCGAAACUGACGCAGUAUAUUAGACUUAAAUCAUUAAAAAUCAAUGAUUGUCAAAUAUCAGAGUAUGCCUACAAAGAAAUCAGUACAUCACAGAUUCAAUUUGAUGCUUUAGAAGUGUUAGAUAUAAGUAAUAAUGAUCUUAAGCAAGUGUUUUUAAGUAAUUUAAUGACGACGCUGAACCCCAAUGUGUUGACUGAGUUGGAUUUGGAAAAUGUUGGAGUUGAGGGUAGUUGUGUUGUAUGUUUGGCGAGCUUUAUGGAUACAGCGAAGGAGUUGAAACUGAGACGUUUCAAUUUGUCCAGUUGUAAAUUAGUUGAUGGACAAUUUAUGCGGAUUUUUAGGUGUCUCGGCCGGGCCAAGAACUUGCAGAGCGUGACAUUAAAACAUAAUCUUCUAACAUUUAUAACACUGAAAAAACUUUUACAAAGGCAACCCCCUGUACCGCAGAUCAACCUUCAGGGCUGCCAGGAUAUCUUUAAAUACUCUCCUGACUCCGAUUUUCAGGUGUGGUUGCCGGCCAUUGAUUUUGGGAGAUGCAUCCCUGAAAUAAAUGUGACUCCAGUAUCAAAGUCUGAUGACGAAAGAGAAAGCUUUAAGUUAUUUUCUAAAACAUGGUUAAACUGCUUUAAGGGUAGGGGAAUUAUUGAACAUUGUGAUGGGGGGGUGACUAAAUUUACUGCUAGGUGACUUGGCAUUAUAAAAUUAAUUUGACUGUUAUUACAUAAGUCAUAACUGUGGUGGUAACAGUUAUUAUAUAAGUAAUAAAUUGAGCUAAGGUAUAUAUUGGAUUAUUGAUUGCAAAUUUAGGUUGGUUUUGUAUGUUUUGUUUAAGUAAAGAUUAAUAGAACACAACAGUACAAAAUUCGCAUUUCAUUACGGAACUGCUUCUUAAAUACUAUCAGAAUUAUCGUUUAUAGCAUUAAUUAGAAAAUACUUAAUUCAAAUUUUACUAUACCUUCUCUGAACAAUAUGUAAUUCAUUAAAAAUAAGCCAAGAAUGUAAUUUAACUAGUCCUUAUAAAACCCGACAUUUGUGUAAUCAUCGAAUUUAAACUUAUCACAAUCGUAAUAUGGGCUAUCCACUCUUUGAAUUUAUUAAUAUAUUUCUCUAUACACCGACCAGUGCUUGUUAAUUUAGUUAAAAUAGUAGUUAAAAUAAUAGUUAAGUAGUCUAAAAGUAAUAUUCCAAUUAUCAUUGUGACUACUUUAAGUUAUAAGAAAUAUGAAGUAAUGACAAUUACGUCUAUGCAUUUUUAAUUUUUUGUGUAUUAAGAAAAGCUGCUAGUUAACAAAUUGGAUUUGGGGAAAAUUUAAGUAAUAACGAUCCAUAUUGAAUAGUUUGAUUUAUGAUUUAUUGCAUAUGUUAAUGUUAAUG